AUGAAAUAAAUUAUAGGAGAAUUGUAAGGGCAUUCAAAACCAAUUUUAUUUUAUUAAUAAGAUAAACAAAAUAUAGAUUUAUUGAUAAGUGCAGCUGAAGAUGAAAAAAUUAUUAUAUGGGAUUUGUAAAAGAAUUCAAUAUUAUAUUAAAAAUAAUGCGAAAAUGGUAUACCAUCAGCUAUAGCUAUAAAUUAUCCAUUUUAUGCAUUAUCUUAUAAAAAGGACGGUAAAACAAGAAUAGAAAAUGCUAAAGAAUAAAAGGAUUCUAUAAUAUUAACAAGAAACAUGAGGGAAGUAUUUUUUUUGGAAUUUUAUAAAGAUAAAUUUAUUAUUAUUGGAAGUCAUGAUCUAAAUAUAAGUAUUUGGGAUUAUGAUAAAUAAAUUAUUGUUAAAGCAAUAAAAGUUGAACCUAUUUAAGAUUUAUUAUUAAAUAUUUAUUAACCAGAAUAGUUAAUACACAUUUCAUAUGCUGGGAUUAUUAAAUUUAUCAAUUUGGUAAAAAAUAAAGUAGAAAAUUCUUUUAUGGUAAGAGGAGCAUAUGAGAUACAAUUAUCAUAAGAUAAAUUGUUUAAAAUUGUUACUUCUAUGGGACCUCCUUCUAAAUUUGUAUUAUUGAAUAAUAAAAAUAAAAUAUUAAGAAUAUAUUUUUAAAGAAUUCCUUCAUCUAAUUUAAUAUUUUCAAAGAUUAAUAAUGACAUUUAUUUUAAAAAGUUAAACUUGCUUUGUAAACUUGAUAUUAAGACUUGGUAAGAAACAAUUCUUUUUAAUUUAUCACCUGAUGAAUAUAUUGAUAUUUUAAGAUAAGGAGAAUUAUUAAUAACUAAAUUAGAGAAAUUAAUCAGAAUAAAAGUAUGA